UGGUAAACAAACUAAAUCGCAUUAGAGUCCCACUUAUUCCGGAUCAAAGUCAAUCAUCCGUGCCGGAACCCAGGACACAAUGAAUAAAUAUUUACAACAAUGCAAAGGGCUGCUCCAGAGUGCGACCCACAAAAUAGCCAUCAUUGGCAACGAAAGCUGUGAUUUGGACUCGGCUGUAAGUGCGUUGGCCUUAGCGUUUCUCUUGCACCAACGGCCAAUGCUAGUAGAACCGUGGCACACAAAGGAUACCGUAGUUUUUCCAGUGCUGAAUGUGCUUCGCAGCGAAUUGCCCCUGAAAACGGAAGUAACGUACUUUCUCAAGCAGCGGGGCAUUUCCUUAAACAAUUUAACCUGCAGCGAUGAGAUCAAGUGGGAGGACGAAACAAACAUGGAUCUCGUUUUGGUUGACCACCAUCUAACAAAACUCGGACAACCAGUGAUCGGCAUUAUCGAUCACCGUCCCGUUGACGUCGGAGUGCAGCAGUUUAAUCCGCAAGCAUUUCGAACGAUCGAAUUGGUGGGUUCUUGCGCUACACUGGUCGGAAGGGAAAUUUUGAAGAGCGCAACAGCGAAGCAGCUAACUGAGGGAUAUGAGGAAGCACUGGAGCUCUUGUAUGGUGCCAUCGUGUUAGAUACUGUAAACUUUUCAAAAGAAGCAGAUAAAGCGAAACCACUCGACUAUGAAAUUGCAGAGUCCAUCGAAAAGGAGACGCAUUCCACUACUCCGGAGAACCGGGACACCCAUAGAGAAUCGAUGUUUAAAUCCCUCGUUGCAGCCAGAAGUGAUGUCUCGGAGCUGAACGCAUAUCAGCUUCUGUUGAAGGAUUUGAAAAUUUUAUCCGAAAGCAAUCGGGUUGUCACCUUACCCGGCUUUCCCAUGUCCGUGCAGGAGUAUCUGCGGCUGAGUGGGCGGAAGGAACAUUUAUCCCGCUUUGCUAGCACUACAAAAAGUAACGUGGUGCUGCUGCUCGGGCUGAAGAUUCUGCCCGAUGGCAGCGUCCGUCGUGAUAUUGGAGUGGUUCCCAUCGACGAUAAACGGUUGGCGGAAAAGAUUGUUGCAGCUCUGCUAGGGGACAAAUCGACUAGUUUUGGUUUAGAGAAAAUAGAGACAGAAAAUGUGGCUGAUGGAGCCACAUUUUUCCAGCAACACAGUUUGAAGGCAUCUCGAAAGCAAUUGAUUCCGAUUGUGAAACAUGUCCUUAGCAGUUUGUAGUGAAAUGAGAAUAAAAGUUUACAAA